UUCUUUUCCAGUUUCUCCAAAAAAAAAACAAAAAAAAAACAUCCAAAGGUUGGAUAUAUAUAUAAGGGAAAAUAUGGGGUUAAAUUCGAGGGACAAAACCUGGAUAUUUCUGGGGGUUCUUUGUUGUUCAUCUUUGAUUUGUUCAGUUAAAGCAACCGUCACUUACGAUCGUAAAGCUGUGAUCAUUAAUGGUCAGAGAAGGAUCCUUCUAUCUGGCUCCGUUCACUACCCAAGAAGCACGCCUGAGAUGUGGCCUGAUCUUAUACAGAAGGCCAAAGAUGGUGGUUUGGAUGUUAUACAGACUUAUGUAUUUUGGAAUGGACAUGAACCUUCUCCUGGACAAUAUUAUUUUGAGGACAGAUAUGAUUUGGUUAAGUUCAUCAAGCUGGUACAACAAGCUGGUCUUUACGUUCAUCUCAGAAUUGGUCCUUAUGUUUGCGCUGAAUGGAACUUUGGAGGGUUUCCUGUUUGGCUUAAAUAUGUUCCCGGUAUGGUAUUUAGGACCGACAAUGAACCUUUCCAGGCUGCAAUGCAAAAAUUUACUGCGAAGAUUGUGGGGAUGAUGAAAGAAGAAAAAUUGUUUGAGACUCAAGGAGGACCCAUCAUUCUGUCACAGAUAGAGAAUGAGUAUGGACCAAUAGAGUGGGAGAUAGGUGCACCGGGGAAGGCAUACACAAAAUGGGCAGCUGAAAUGGCAGAAGGACUCUCCACAGGUGUCCCAUGGAUUAUGUGCAAGCAAGAUGAUGUUCCUAACUCUAUUAUAAACACAUGCAAUGGGUUUUAUUGUGAGAAUUUCAAACCAAACUCGGACAAUAAGCCGAAAAUGUGGACAGAGAACUGGACUGGUUGGUUGACGGAGUUUGGAGGUGCGGUACCAUACAGACCAGCCGAAGACAUUGCCUUCUCCGUGGCACGAUUCAUACAGAACGGUGGCUCUUUCAUGAAUUACUAUAUGUACCAUGGAGGAACGAACUUUGAUAGAACAGCCGGUGAAUUCGUCACCACCAGCUAUGACUAUGAUGCUCCUCUUGAUGAAUACGGGUUACCGAGAGAACCUAAGUAUAGUCACUUGAAAAGGCUGCAUAAGGUCAUCAAGCUCUGUGAACCAGCAUUGGUCUCUGCUGAUCCUACAGUCACAUCACUUGGAGAUAAACAAGAGGCUCAUGUGUUCAAGUCUAACUCAUCUUGUGCUGCUUUUCUCUCAAACUACAACGCUAGCUCUGCUGCAAGAGUCUUGUUUGGUGGAUUUCCAUAUGAUCUGCCUCCUUGGUCUGUCAGUAUUCUACCUGACUGCAAAACCGAGUAUUACAACACUGCUAAGGUACAGGUCCGUGGACCAAGCAUACACAUGAAAAUGGUUUCCACAAACACACAAUUCUCUUGGGGGUCAUACAAUGAAGAGAUUCCUUCUGCAUAUGACAAUAGUACCUUUUCCAAAGAUGGGCUUGUGGAACAGAUAAGCAUGACCAGAGACAAGACGGACUAUUUCUGGUAUCUGAAUGACCUUACGAUCAGUCCUGAUGAGAAAUUCCUAAAGACUGGUGAAGACCCUCUUCUUACUAUUGCGUCAGCUGGGCAUGCUCUUCAUGUAUUCGUUAAUGGUCAACUUGCAGGAACUGCCUAUGGAUCACUGGAGCAACCAAAGCUAACAUUUAGUCAGAAGAUCAAAUUAUAUGCAGGAGUCAACAAACUUGCUCUGUUGAGUACUGCAGCGGGUCUGCCGAACGUUGGCGUGCAUUAUGAGACUUGGAAUACUGGGGUUCUUGGUCCAGUGACACUGCAGGGAGUUAACUCUGGAACAUGGGACAUGUCUAAAUGGAAAUGGUCUUACAAGAUUGGUACUAAGGGUGAAGCUAUGAGCAUUCAGACCGUAACCGGGAGCUCCAGCGUGGAAUGGAAAGAAGGAACAUUGGUGGCCAAAAAGCAACCCUUGACCUGGUACAAGUCUACUUUUGACACACCAGUAGGCAAUGAACCAUUGGCUUUAGACAUGAACUCAAUGGGGAAAGGAAAAAUAUGGAUAAAUGGACAGAACAUCGGACGCCACUGGCCUGCAUAUACAGCUCGUGGGAAAUGCGAACGGUGCAGCUAUGCCGGGACUUUCACCGAAAAGAAAUGUUUGAGUAACUGUGGACAAGCUUCUCAAAGAUGGUACCAUGUGCCUCGUUCAUGGCUGAAGCCAACUAAUAACAUUGUCAUUGUACUUGAAGAAUGGGGUGGUGAACCCAAUGGGAUCUCUCUUGUAAACAGAAGAGCCUAAUAAUAGUUUUCUCUCUAACUCCCAUUUUUUUCAGGUUAAAACCUGUUUCUUUGUGUCUCUGCAAUCAAAUUGUAAGAUACAGAUUAUAUGUACAUGUAGUAUUACUGGGAAUUAUUGGCUCAUAUGGAUGAAAAUAUUGAAAACUAUCCCAAUCCUGGCUAUUAAUAUAUUGCAAGUGAAUGUAUAUUUAUUACAGAAUAAUAUUUAUAAAAAAAAAAAAACAAAGCAUUUG